GACGCAGCAACUCUCUUGUGUAAAGAGCUAGCUCAGACUUGCUUUUCCCGUAUGCAUAUAUAAAUUGAAAAAUCGUGUACUGUGCUUCAUUUCGUUGGGAAGCUUUUUCAGACGCGAAGAGAGAGAAAAGUUCAAAAAGAAAAAAAAAAAAACGAAGCGAAAUCGCUCGAUCCCUUUGUUUUCUUCUUCUUUAUCGUUUUCUCCGGCUUCUAAUUUUAGCCUCUUCUUCUCUUCAGAAUUUUUCGUUGAAACUUCAAAGCGAACGUUCUGAGCUGGCCGAUCUGACUCACCGAGUUCACCUUUUUUUUCUAUCUUUCUUUUUCUCUUGCGACUCGGCGCCGACUCGGAUGAGUUGAACCGGAAGAUCGCUCCGCAUUAAUCGCCAUGUCUGCAGUAGUGAAUAUUAUUGCUGGUUCUCAUGUCUGGGUUGAAGAUCCAGUGGAAGCAUGGAUUGGUGGAGAAGUUUCUAAAAUCAAUGGAGAAGAAGUUCAUGUUCGCACUGCAGAGGGGAAAAUAGUUGUAAAAAACAUCUCAAAGGUUUUUCCUAAGGAUAAUGAAGCACCUCCGGGCGGUGUAGAUGAUAUGACAAAGCUUUCAUACUUGCAUGAACCAGGAGUUCUGCACAACUUGGCGGCUAGAUAUGAACUCAAUGAAAUUUAUACAUAUACUGGAAAUAUUCUGAUUGCAAUAAACCCAUUCCAAAGGUUACCACAUCUAUAUGAUACUCACAUGAUGGAACAAUACAAAGGAGCUGCAUUUGGCGAGUUGAGUCCCCAUGUUUUUGCAGUUGCUGAUGUUGCAUACAGGGCAAUGAUCAAUGAAGGAAAAAGCAACUCAAUCCUGGUUAGUGGCGAGAGUGGGGCUGGUAAGACAGAGACAACAAAGAUGCUCAUGCGAUAUCUGGCAUAUCUUGGAGGCCGAUCUGGUGUAGAAGGGCGAACAGUUGAACAACAAGUUCUAGAAUCCAAUCCAGUUCUUGAAGCAUUUGGGAAUGCCAAAACAGUGAGAAACAAUAAUUCAAGUCGUUUUGGUAAAUUUGUUGAGAUACAAUUUGACAACAAGGGAAGGAUAUCUGGAGCUGCUAUACGGACAUAUUUGCUCGAGAGGUCACGAGUGUGUCAAAUUUCAGAUCCGGAAAGAAAUUACCAUUGCUUUUACCUUCUUUGUGCAGCACCAGCUGAGGAAAGAGAGAAGUAUAAGCUGGGCAGUCCUAGCUCUUUCCACUACUUAAGUCAAUCCAACUGUUAUGAGCUGGAUGGAGUGGAUGAUGCACAUGAAUAUCUUGCAACACGAAGGGCAAUGGAUGUUGUUGGAAUCAGUGAGGAGGAGCAGGAGGCAAUAUUUAGAGUUGUCGCAGCAGUCUUGCACCUUGGAAAUAUUGAAUUUGCAAAAGGAGAGGAGAUUGACUCUUCUGUCAUCAAGGAUGAGAAAUCUAGGUUCCAUCUUAAUACGACUGCUGAACUUCUCAAGUGUGAUGCUAAGAGCUUGGAAGAUGCACUGAUCAAGCGUGUGAUGGUAACACCUGAGGAGGUCAUUACAAGAACCCUUGAUCCUGUUGCAGCUGUUGGUAGCAGGGAUGCAUUAGCCAAAACUAUUUACUCACGCUUGUUUGAUUGGCUUGUGGAGAAGAUUAACAAUUCAAUUGGGCAAGAUCCAAGUUCUAAAUCUAUCAUUGGAGUUCUUGAUAUCUAUGGGUUUGAAAGUUUUAAAUUCAAUAGUUUUGAGCAGUUCUGUAUUAAUUUUACCAAUGAGAAGUUGCAACAACACUUUAAUCAGCAUGUAUUUAAAAUGGAGCAAGAAGAAUACACCAAGGAAGAGAUUGAUUGGAGUUACAUAGAAUUUGUUGACAACCAAGAUGUUCUGGAUUUGAUUGAAAAGAAACCUGGAGGAAUAAUUGCACUUCUUGAUGAAGCCUGUAUGUUUCCUAAGUCUACACAUGAAACAUUUGCUCAGAAGUUGUACCAGACAUUCAAAAAUAACAAGCGGUUUAUCAAACCUAAACUUUCUCGGACUAGUUUUACCAUAUCUCACUAUGCAGGGGAGGUGACAUAUCUGGCUGAUAUGUUUCUUGACAAAAACAAGGAUUAUGUGGUCGCAGAACAUCAGGAUCUGCUGACAGCCUCAAAAUGUUCAUUUGUGGCUGGUCUAUUUCCCCCUUCCCCGCCGGAGUCUUCAAAAUCUUCAAAGUUCUCUUCAAUUGGAUCUCGUUUCAAGUUACAACUUCAAUCUUUGAUGGAGACCUUAAAUUCAACAGAACCUCAUUAUAUCAGAUGUGUCAAGCCAAACAAUGUUCUCAAGCCUGCUAUUUUUGAAAAUCUCAAUAUCAUCCAACAAUUGCGCUGUGGUGGUGUUCUUGAGGCAAUUAGAAUCAGCUGUGCUGGAUAUCCUACAAGACGGACUUUUUACGAGUUUCUUAACCGAUUUGGUGUUCUUGCCCCUGAAGUUCUGGAUGGAAACUAUGAUGAUAAAGUUGCUUGCCAAAUGAUACUGGAUAAGAUGGGUAUGAAAGGCUAUCAGAUAGGCAAGACAAAAGUUUUCCUAAGAGCUGGUCAAAUGGCUGAGUUGGAUGCAAGAAGAGCAGAGGUUCUUGGAAAUGCAGCUAGGGUCCUUCAGAGGCAAAUACGUACACAUAUUGCAUGCAAGGAAUUCAAAGAGUUGCGUCAAGCUGCAGUCUGUUUGCAAUCUAAUUUGAGAGGAAUAUUGGCCCGGAAGCUCUAUGAGCAGUUGCGUCGUGAAGCAGCAGCUCUGAAAAUAGAAAAGAACUUCAAAGGAUACGUUGCUAGGAAAUCUUUCUUAAGUGUACGAUCGUCUGCAAUAAUAAUACAGACAGGUUUAAGGGCUAUGAAGGCUCGUGAUGAAUUUAGAUUUAGAAAGCAAACAAAGGCUGCAAUUCAUAUCCAGGCUAAUUUGCGCCGGCAAAUUGCAUUUUCAUAUUAUAAAAAGUUGCAAAAGGCUGCAAUUGUUACUCAGUGUGGCUGGAGGAGAAGGGUUGCUAGGAAGGAACUUAGAAUGCUCAAAAUGGCUGCAAGAGAAACAGGGGCCCUUAAGGAAGCAAAGGACAAACUAGAGAAGCGUGUAGAAGAACUUACAUGGCGUUUGCAAAUUGAGAAGCGUUUGAGGACUGAUUUGGAAGAGGAAAAGGCACAUGAAAUUGCCAAGUUACAGGAUGCUUUGCAUGCAAUGCAAAUACAGGUAGAUGAAGCAAAUGCCAGAGCAGUUAAAGAACGUGAGGCAGCACGGAAAGCCAUUGAAGAAGCACCACCAGUUAUUAAGGAGACUCCUGUUCUAGUUCAAGACACUGAAAAGAUUAAUUCUUUAACAUCUGAAGUAAAUAGUUUGAAGGAAUCACUAUUACUGGAAAUAGGCGCCAAGGAAGAAGCCAGGAAAGCUCAGGCUGAAGCUGAAGCGAGAAAUAAGGAACUAACUAAAAAGGUUGAAGAUUCUGACCGUAAAGUGGAACAACUUCAAGAAUUGAUUCAGAGAUUGGAGGAAAAAAUUUCCAAUUCAGAGUCAGAAAACCAAGUUCUUCGCCAGCAAGCAUUGGCUGUAUCACCGACUGGAAAAGCUUUGACUGCAAGACCAAGGACAAUGAUAAUUCAGAGGAUACCAGAAAAUGGGAAUACUCCAAACGGGGACGCAAAAAUUGGAUCAGAUAUGGUUCUUGCUGUAUCAAAUGUUCGUGAGCCUGAAUCUGAGGGAAAACCACAAAAAUCUCUCAAUGAGAAGCAGCAGGAAAAUCAGGACUUAUUAAUCAAGUGCAUAUCACAAGAUUUGGGAUUUUCUGGGGGCAAACCUAUUGCUGCAUGUGUCAUAUACAAAUGCCUUCUGCACUGGAGGUCAUUUGAAGUUGAAAGAACAAGUGUCUUUGACCGUAUUAUUCAAACAAUAGCUUCAGCAGUUGAGGCCCAGGACAAUACUGAUGUAUUGGCAUAUUGGUUGUCUAAUACAUCCACUUUGUUGUUGCUACUCCAACGCACCCUCAAAGCAAGUGGAGCAGCUAGCUUAACACCACAACGGCGAAGAACAGCAUCAUCAUCUCUGUUUGGAAGAAUGUCUCAAGGUCUAAGGGCAUCUCCCCAAACUGCUGGGUUACCAUUUCUAAAUGGCCGAGGUCUGAGUAGACUAGAUGAUUUACGGCAAGUGGAAGCAAAAUAUCCAGCGCUGCUAUUUAAGCAGCAGCUUACUGCCUUCCUUGAAAAAAUAUAUGGAAUGAUAAGAGAUAACCUUAAAAAGGAGAUCUCUCCAUUACUGGGACUUUGUAUACAGGCCCCAAGGACCUCGCGUCAAAGUUUAGUGAAAGGACGUUCACAUGCCAAUGCAGUUGCUCAGCAAGCUUUAAUAGCUCACUGGCAAAGUAUUGUCAAGAGCUUAAACAAUUCUCUAAAGAUAAUGAAGGCCAACUACGCGCCUCCUUUCUUGGUCCGCAAAGUCUUCACUCAAAUAUUUUCAUUCAUCAAUGUUCAGCUAUUCAACAGUCUGUUGUUGCGUCGUGAGUGUUGUUCAUUCAGCAACGGGGAGUAUGUAAAGACAGGUUUGGCUGAAUUAGAGCAAUGGUGUCUCGAUGCUACAGAAGAGUAUACUGGCUCGGCUUGGGAGGAACUGAAACAUAUCAGGCAGGCUGUUGGAUUCUUGGUGAUACAUCAAAAACCCAAAAAGUCCUUGAAUGAAAUAACGAAGGAGCUUUGCCCUGUUCUCAGUAUACAGCAGUUAUACAGGAUCAGUACCAUGUAUUGGGAUGACAAGUACGGCACGCACAGUGUAUCUACAGACGUCAUAACAAGCAUGAGAGCUAUGAUGUCCGAGGACUCUAAUAAUGCUGUCAGCACUUCUUUCCUAUUAGAUGAUGACUCGAGCAUUCCAUUCUCGGUGGAUGACAUUUCCAAAUCUAUGGAACCAGUUGAAGUAGCUGACAUAGACCCUCCUCCGUUGAUACGAGAGAACUCAGGCUUUGGGUUCUUGCUAGCACGCUCAGAGUGAUUAUCGCCCCCGAUACCCCAAUCUUGGGGAAAAACACUCUCCGCACUGCACAAGGUAGCAGGUGCGAGCUGUGCAUAUAAUUUCAUUGUUAUCACAUCACGUAUAUAGUAUAUUUUCACUUUUCAGCAACUCCGGCUUCUGAUAUUUGGUUCGUUGUCUGGGUUAGUUCAUUUUUACCCCCUCAAGUUUCAUCAACACGAGGGAUUUUGUUAAGAAGCCAUGUCACACUUGAUGUGAUCACAUCAUGUGACAAAUGGCGAUCAUAGGUAGAGGCUGGUGUUCAGGUGACGACACCUGCCCAUGUUUCUUUUCCCAUUUUGUUGUUUUUCAAGUGGAAUAGUGGGUGGUGCAAUCAGUUACUCUAGGUUUUUUAUUUUAAUUUUUUUUAGGGCAUAUUUGUUUCAUGUGGUUGUUAUAUUUGUAUUUAAUUGAUGCAAUAUUUUUUCAUUAAAUUUAAUUUUCAGAUAGGUUGUUUGAAAGGCCGAGUUACAAUAAAAUGUGACUCGGUGCAAUUGUAUAGAUGCCUGUUUUUUAUUUUUUUUUGAAUUUCUUUUAACUGUAUCUUUAAAAUAUCUUGUUGAAAGCUAUUUGGAGGACUAGCAUCAUGUGCAUUAUCAUAAGAUAACUAGUCUUUUCAAUAAAAUGUUGAUUCUAUGUAUUAUUCCCGUUUA